AUUGAAUCGAUUGUGCCGGCUGUUGAAUUAAAUUUGUUUAAUCUUCUAAUUUUAGCAAUCAUGUGUAAAGUGAUUCUAGGCUACUUAUUAUUAACCAUAUGUUUUCAUUUUAACCAGUGCAAUAAUCGUGUCGGGCCAGAUCCGUGGGAUUUGAUUCAAGACGAAACAUCAACAGACACUCAUGAUGGAAAGAUUCCUCCAGACCUUCGAUUACCACCAAAAAGGAAAAUACAAACCAAUGGAAACAUGGCAAACGGAGAGUGGUUUUUCAAGAGAACUCUUGCAAUCAUUUUGAAUGCUGGACAAACAAAGUUAAACGAAGAUGGCAGUACCGAUAUAUCCCUGCUGUUAAAAUUCGACCAGGAUCAUUGGCAAACCCUGAAGGACUACACAACAUCAAACACUGCACUGACUGAAGAUAUGUUUCGCCGUGCAGUUGCCUAUGUAGAAGAAGCUGUUUACAAACCUUCUCUUGCACAGAAAGUUGCUAUAGCAUGGAGUGAAUAUAUUCAGUCGUUAUUCAUAGAAUACAAGGUAAAAUUAAUAACUUAA